AUCUAUUUGUGUGGCGAUGCCAACGUUUGGUUUACGCGACCUGGUGCGGUCCGCCCAAGGAAGCAGCCAGGCAGGCCACAUGGCAGAGGGCACCGAAGGCGGCGGAGGGGCGAAGGAGGAGAGCCGUGACUGGUCGGAGCUGACGCCGGUGUGCCUCACAAACGUGUUCCGCAGGCUUUCCUUAGAGGAUCGCUGGAAGGGGGCGAUGCUCGUUUGCCGGUCUUGGCUCGACGCUGCGCUCGAUCCAUCCCUCUUCUCCUCUCUCGAUCUCGAGCCUGCCUUCGAAUUCGCCGGAUCCGGACGCAUUGAAUCCGCCGGGUGGUGGACGCCGGCGUUCCAACGCCGCGUCGACGCUAUGCUUCGCUCCGCUGCCGAGUGGGCGGACGGAUGGAUGCAGGAGAUUCGAGUGCGCCACUGCUCCGAUGACGCGCUCUGCUUCGCUGCGGAAAGAUCACUGAAUUUGCAGAUCCUGUCAAUAAAGAGUAGCCAGAGUGUGACUGAUAGGUCAAUGCUCAAGAUUGCAACUUUCUGCCCCAUGCUGAUCGAAUUGGACAUAAGCAACUGCUAUGAAAUUUCAUUCAAGUCGCUGGAGGUGAUUGGGCAGAACUGCCCUAACCUUAAAGUUUUCCGAAGGAACUUGUUGAACUGGCUUGAUGCUUCACAACAUUCUGGUAUAGUUCCCCAUGACUACUUGAGAGCCUGUCCUCAAGAUGGAGAUAGAGAGGCUACAACAAUUGCAAAGUUCAUGCCAAAGUUGACGCAUGUUGAACUCCGUUUUUCUAAACUAUCGGCUACUGGCCUCAUUUCAGUUUCAGAGGGAUGCCAAAACCUGGAAUACUUCGAUAUAUUCGGAUGUGCUAAUUUGACAAGUAGAGGAAUAGAGCAAGCGGCUGCCAAUUUGAAGAAUCUCAAGACUCUAAUCAAACCCAACUUCUACAUUCCAAGAUCCCUGUUCCAUACUGAAAGAUAUGGCCAUUGGAGGUUGUAUGAUGAAAGGUUUCAGACAAAUGUUUUCCAAAUAUAAUCUAAUGAUAUUUGUAUUUGUAUUUAGUCUCUUUUGUAACUUGUUGUACAAAAACUUCUCUGACGGUAACUAAUUAACGUCUAAGCUUUUGUGCUCUCUAUCAAGAGAAUUAAGGCUACGUUUGGUUGGGUGUAAUGUAAUCUAGCUUGUAAUGUAAUCAAAUUUAUAAUAUAAUGUAAUGUAAUCUUGAUUACAUUACUACGUUUGGUAA